GUAGCUGGUGUUUGUCUCCGAUCCUCUGCCAGGCAAACACGCAUAUUGAUGUUGCUCUCAUCGCACGGAUCAUAUCAGUUUGGCAGCUGCAUUACAUCUAGUCGCCCAUAGCGCAAAGUGUCCGUGAUCGCGAACGGGCGUGCGAGCUCGGCCAUCUAUAUCCACCAUCAUCUUCCAUCAGCCCAGAGCACCACAAGCAGCCAUGGCAGCCAUGAACUUUGUGACGUUCAACCAGGACCAUAGCCAUCUGGGUGUCGGUACCAGCAACGGGUACCGCAUCUACACCACCGACCCGUUCAACAAGCAGUCCGAGUCGCGCGAAGGAGAUGUAUCGAGCUUGGAGAUGCUCUUCUCCACGUCGCUGGUAGCCCUUACCUUGUCGCCACGCGUGCUGCGGAUACAGAACACCAAGAGACACUCGACCAUCUGCGAAAUGACAUUCCGUACGGCGAUUCUGGCGAUGCGACUGAACAGGAAACGGUUGGUGGUUGUGCUGGAGUCUGAGCUGUACAUCUACGACAUCAGCAACAUGCAGAUGCUCAAGACCGAGAAGACGUCACCCAACCCAAAUGCGAUAUGCGCACUGUCGGCGUCCUCUGAGAACAAUUACUUGGUCUACCCACUCCCUACCAAAGCCGCGCCCGCUACCUUCCAACCGCCCUCGCAUGCGCCGCCCAAAGCCGACCAUGUCGCACCGACAAGCGGCGAAGUCCUCAUAUACGAUGCUACAAAGAUGGAAGCAGUGAAUGUGAUAGAGGCACACAACUCCCCUCUGUCGUGCAUAGCACUGAACAACGACGGUACCCUGUUGGCGACGGCGUCUGAGAAGGGCACCAUCAUCCGCGUCUUCUCCAUUCCAGAUGCACAGAAGCUGUAUCAGUUCCGGAGGGGGUCAAUACCUGCCAGGAUAUACAGCAUGUCCUUCAACUCCGCAUCUACCUUACUCAGCGUGUCAUCAGCAACCGAGACGGUCCACAUCUUCCGCCUUGGUGGGCCCAACGCAAGCCAAAGUAACAGCAUAUCGUCCGGACCAGACAAAGCGCCCUCUGGGUCUCGAGAGCGUAGCAACAGCCGGGCUAGCGAGGAAUUGGUAGAUGAGUUUGGGGACAGCAUAUCAGACAUUUCGGCCCCAGAGCGCAAACCAGUGAACCCGACCUUUGCCAGCAUGAUACGGCGCACAUCGCAGACUGUCACCAAGUCGUUUGCAGCAACAGUUGGGGGCUAUCUGCCAAGUGCCAUGGCCGAGAUAUGGGAGCCUGCGCGAGACUUUGCCUGGGUCAAGAUUCCGCGAUCACCCAACAGCGCAUCCUCGGGCCCGAUGAGGACCGUGGUUGCGCUCAGCAACAACGGCCCCCAGGUCAUGGUGGUCACGAGCGAGGGCAGUUAUUACAUCUUCAACAUGGACUUGGAGAAGGGAGGAGAGGGGACAUUGUACAAGCAGUUCUCGCUCCUGGAACCCACCGAGCUCACGUCGAGCACCUCGCAAGAUCUGGCCGAGUAGCAAUCGCAGCGGAUGUUCAAAGCUUCUUGAUUGUUCUUGCGUCUCGCAUCGCGACUUUUGUUUUUGCAUUGCCAUUGGCGUUGAUCGAUAUAGUCUUAUUCCCCAACGUUGGAGCUCCGGUUUGUCUAGAUAGUUAAUCGACAUCAGGGUGCGCCAGGCAGCAAGCCAUCUGCACCAACCCGCGAACGG